GCCACUUCAAGUUGCAAAAUCAGAAACGGCAAAACAAGGCUGUCGGGAGAGGCAUUCAGGAGAGUAACACGCCGGACACGCACACGCAGGCAGACACGCGCGCAAACGCCCGGCACACGGCUCCCCACUCGCGCACACGCACACACGCACGGGCACAGGCACACGCGGUCCGGGCGCUACGAGCGCGGAGGAUGUGCAGGCAUAGAGGAAGCCGCGGCGCCGCCGAGGAGGAGGAGGAGGAAAAGGAGGAGGAGGUGGAGGAGGAGGAGGGGAAGGAAGAGGAGGAGGAGGUUCGCCGCUCGCCGCUCUCCGCUGCCGGGGCUCGGCCGCCGCCGCUCCCGCGGAGGCUGCUGUCGCCGCCGCUGUCGUCGCCGCCGCCGGUGCCGGUGUGGGCUCUCGGGGAGGCGGGAGGUCGAGAGAGGAGCCGUCCGCCGGCGAUCAGAAUCUGAAAACGGGAUUUGUCUCCCGCUUUCCAGCGGUAUUAAUGAUGGAGAAGGAAACACUCGCGCUGCACGGAGGAGCAAGCGCCCAUGUAUGCGCACCCUUGCAAACACACGCGCUAGAGUCCACACACAUAUUCAAAUCCCCAUAUGGUCCCAUCCCACUUCGGGCUAUUUUUACCGCCUGUCCCUCGUCCCUCACCCUUCAUUCCUCACCUAACAUGUCCACCCGCAGCCCCGCAGGUCUCCACGCUUCUCGCGGGGGUUUCACCCCUACCCUUUAAUUUUAUUUUGGAGGUGUGUGAGCAGUCAGAAUAACCCCAAACGCCCUGCAAGCAAUGCCCUCCCCCUCGCUCCCCUCCUCCCGGAUCCCCCGAUCACCCGAAGUUGCUCCAUCCGUGUAGGGGGGAUGCACGGAGGGGGUGGUGGGGUGUUUCUCCCCCUCCUUCCCCGCCGCUCCCCUCCGCGGCGCCCGGCGCCGAUUCGGCCCCGGCGAAAAGGAAUCGCUGGCUCCGGCUGCCAUCUAGUGGGCACGGAGCCGUCGGCCCUGGGGGAGCCCGGGAAGCGGGGGGUACCGCGCCUGUCUGCAGCCUUCCACCCCCACUCCCUACUUUUUAAAAUAAGUUCUUUCCCUUUUUUAUUUUUAAUUAAAAAAAUGCACUGAGGAGAAGACCCCCUUCUUUUAAAUUUCCCUCUCUCUUACAAGCCUGCCUUAUCGGCAGCUUCCCUUUUUUCAGUGGUCUGAAAUUUGCCUUGGGUCGAAAGACUGCAUGUGACAAAGAAGAAACAGACUGUGAAAACGGAACACCUCCCCUCCGCAACAAAAAAAAUCCCACCAAAACUAACACCCCAGGCCCUCUACUCUACACCAUACCUUUCUUUUAGCUCCCAUAAAAGUUUAUAAUCAGAUUAGAAGCUGGAUGGAAAACCUGCAGGAAGAAAGGGAAUGAAAUUGGUGUCGGAAGUUUUAUUGUUAUUGUUUAUUUUUGUAAAGUUAUGUUGCUUUAAUUAAAAGUAAAGACAAAAAAAAAAAAAAAAAAAAAAAAAAAAAAAAAAGCCCCUCAACUUUGAUGUAUAGUGAUCACAAUAUUUUUUUUCUUUCCCUGUCAACUCUGAAAUCUGAGGCUGGGAGCCGCCUGAAGAAAAGAUUCCUUCAUCAUUUCUAAGAUCAGAAUAAAAGCUUGAUUUUGUACUGAAA